AUGGAGAAAGACACGCACAAGGUGGUCGGCUCAAGCGCUCAAGACCUGAGUCCACGUGAUACAAUCUACGCAAAUGCGCCAACCGUAAACGUUCAAACGCUCAAGCUAGCGCUCAAGGACUCUAACCGCUCCACAAAAACAUUUUGUUCUUACGAAUUCACGUCUCUGGUAUUAAAGGUUGACGACUCCCAGCCAAACGUUGAGCAUCGCAAACCUGCUUCCACUCUGCUGGCAAAGCCCCGGCCUCCACCGCUUCCAAACUUCCAAGGCCCCGCCGAAUUGACAGAUGGCGCAAAGGCAGCCAAGAAGACAGUCCAAUCGAACACUCGUAUCUCCAACAAGGUAAUGGCUAACGAGACAAUGUCAGUCGACCACGGCAAGGCCAUUGAGACUGCGCUUGGCUCUGUGGAUAGCUUCCUUUUCUCCAGCGAGCUUGGUUGCCUGUCUGAUAACAAGCAAGCACACAAUGGCCAGUCGAAGAAGAGCAUGUGCAAGAGGCAUAUUGUCAGGCUUAUCACGGAGAUGCGAGUAGCGUCAGCACCGGCUCUUUGGGCUGUACAGCUGCUCUGGAGGUUGGUAUCAAAUCAACUCAAUCCAGGGGGAGGCGGGAUCAAGAUGCAGCUCAUGAGUCUUGCAAUGGCGGAGGCGACGAGGUUGUUUGGCAAAGUGUGGAGAGUUCUCGUCAGUAGGCGCGCAUCCACUGCUGGCAGAGUGCUGGCCUCCACCGCUUCCAAGGCCGAAAUCGACAGUGGCAACUAA